AAGGGGGAAAAAAAGAAAACAGAAGGAUCUCUUUCGUUCCUCUGUGAAAGUGCUCUCUUUCUCUCUCUAAAGACUUUUCUUCUCUCCCACGUCUGCUUUUAAAUUCAUUUCACUAGGAGGGCGGUAUUUUGGAUGUUGUUGCCGAGUGUUUUACGGUGAACGUUGUUGGGUAUUGAAAUUUGGGCAGUCUUUUUGCCUCUUUUACCAACAAUCUUCUGGAAUUUCAUGGAAACAUGAAGUUUUCUGGUUGUUUGCCCUUGCUUGCAGAGCAAAAGAGCAGGAAUUCACGUCUUUGUAGAAUUUUUCCAAUUGCUUCUUUGCUUUGUCUUGUAUUGUUUGUGGGGAGUGCAUAUGUAGCACCAGACUACAGGGAGAGAAUUCCUAGAUGGGGAAUAGAUGGUUUAGUCAGUUCAAAGUUCAAUAAAUGUGAGAAUCAAUGUAGGCCAAAUGGAAGCGAACCGCUACCUAAAGACAUUGUUGUCACUGCAUCUAACUUGGAAAUGCGACCGCUAUGGGGCGCAUCGAAGCAUUCUUAUCAGAAUCCCGUUAACUCAUCAAGCAACUUGUUCGCUACGGCUGUUGGGAUUAAACAAAAAGAUCUUGUGAACAAAAUGGUAACAAAGUUCCUUUCUAGUGACUUUGCUGUGAUGCUUUUCCAUUACGAUGGUAUCGUGGACGAGUGGAAGGACUUCGAUUGGAGUAAUCGUGUAAUACAUGUAACUGCGAUCAAUCAAACUAAAUGGUGGUUUGCCAAGCGUUUCUUGCAUCCUGAUAUUGUGGCUGAGUAUAAUUAUAUCUUUCUUUGGGAUGAGGAUCUUGGAGUUGAGUAUUUCAAUCCAAAACAGUAUGUGCAUAUUAUUGAAAGUGAAGGGCUAGAAAUAUCGCAACCAGCACUUGAUCCAUAUGAAUCAGAGGUGCACCAUCAAAUUACUGCCCGUGGGAGGCGAUCGACCGUGCACAGGAGAACUUUUAAACAUAGUAAUGGUGGAAAAGAUUGUGAUGUCAACAGUAAAGCUCCUCCAUGCACAGGAUGGAUAGAAAUGAUGGCCCCGGUUUUCUCCCGAGCUGCGUGGCGUUGUGUUUGGUAUAUGAUCCAGAAUGAUUUGAUCCAUGAUUGGGGCUUGGAUAUGCAACUGGGAUAUUGUGCACAGGGUGAUCGAACGAAGAACGUUGGUGUCGUUGACGCCGAGUACAUAAUCCAUUAUGGACGACCGACACUCGGUGGUCCAGAGGAAAAUGAGACAUCUUCCAAGUCUCAUGUAAAGGAUCAUAGAGCCGAUGUAAGAAGGCAGUCGUAUAUUGAACUAGAUGUAUUUAGAAAGAGAUGGCAGAAGGCUGCUAAGCAAGACGAGUGCUGGCAAGAUCCGUACCCAGAGACAGUAGAGGAUAACACAUGAUAAUACAAUCGUUUGACGAAAUGGAAUGAUCUUGUAACAAUGUACGUUGUCGUUGAAGUUGAGAACAUGGCAACGUACAUGCCAUUGGUAUUCAAGGAUGACGAGGGAAAGGAAUGAUCGUGUAUC